AUGAUAAAUAUACAAUAUAACAGCCAAAAUGAGAUCGCCACGAUCGCUGCACUGUACCUGCUCUGGAGGUCCCAGAUUCGUCUGAGGGCCAAACGCUGCCAUCGGUUCUGGGUGCAUGAUACCCUGCGGAGGUGCACUGAGCUCGGCGAGUUCCACCAUCUCCUACAGGAGCUCCGCCUGGACGACAGUCGGUUCCAGCGGUACUUCAGGCUGACUGCUGCCCAGUUUGAAGACCUGCUAGCUAGGGUUGGCGCCAGGAUCUCCCGCCUGGAUACCAACUACAGGCGCUCCAUUCCAGCUGCGGAGUGCCUGUCCAUCUGUCUCCAAUACCUGGCCACUGGUGACUCCUACAGGACCAUCGCCAACAGCUUCCGCGUUGGUGUCUCCAGUGUGUCCAGGAUUGUGGCUGACGUGGUCUCCGCCACUUGGGACUGCCUUGUGGGGGAGUUCAUGGCUGUGCUCACCACAGAGGAGUGGAGGUCCAUCGCGGAGGGGUUUGAGGAGAGGUGGAACUUUACUCUCUGCUGUGGCGCUGUGGAUGGGAAGCACGGGGCUACGGGAGGACGAGCGAUGGUGGCAUCCUGGCCAACUCAGCCUUUGGUCAGGCACUUCGCUCUGGCACCCUCCAUCUGCCUGCUGACCAUCUCUAACCUGGAGCUGACCACAAUGAGGCCAUUCCCUGGGCGCACCCUUCCUCGAGACCAUCGGCUGUUCAAUUACCAUCUGUCCCAGGUCCAUCCAGAUGUUGCUGAGAGGUGCGUGAAGGUGACCUGUGUGCUCCACAACUUCCUGAGGAAGACGACCCCUACGCCUGCGAUGAGGGGCAGUAUCCCAGGUGGUGACGUGGAGCCGCUGCCAGGUCUGGGCAGAGUUGCAGCAAACAACUCUGCAAGAGAGGCCAUCAGGGUUCGGGAGACCUUGACAGCGUAA